AUGAUUGCUUCACAACCUGAACAUAUGUACACUCUUGCGGAAGGCGCUCCUCUUCCUCGGAAUGACACUUCUGUCCAGGUUAGGAACAAGCAAGGUGGUGGUCUAGUCUUGUUGCAAGAUACACAAUUAAUCGAGACUCUUGCACAUUUUGCACGAGAGCGUAUUCCAGAACGAGUGGUCCAUGCCAAAGCUGCUGGAGCACGAGGCUACUUCGAAGUCACACAUGAUGUGUCUGAUAUUACGGAUGCCGAUUUUCUAAAUGGUAUCGGGAAGCGCUCUGAAGUCCUUACCAGAAUAUCAACCGUUGGCCCUGAGUCUGGGUCUGCUGAUACCAUUCGAGAUGUCCAUGGUUGGGCGACUAAGAUCAAGACUAACGAGGGCAACAAUGACUGGGUGUUCAACAACAUCCCAGUAUUCUUUGUUCGAGAUCCCAUCAAGUUUCCGUCUUUGAAUCGAUCUCACAAGCGCCAUCCAGCCACACAUUCUGUUGAUGCAGAUAUGUUUUGGGAUUUCCAUGUCAAUGCCCCUGAGUCAGUGCAUGCCUUGAUGUUUCUGUUUGGAGAUCGAGGAACUCCAGCUUCCCUCCGACAUAUCAAUGGCUAUUCUGGACAUACCUACAAAUGGACCAAGAAAGACGGCAGUUUUCACUACGUGCGGAUUCACUAUCAUGCUGAUGGUGGCGUGAAGAAUUUGUCAGCCGAUGAAGCAACCAAACUUGCUGGCACAAACCCGGAUGCGUUGAUACUAGACUUGUACAACGCAAUUGAAGCUGGAAACGGUCCAUCAUACACGGUUUCUAUCCAAACAAUUCACCCUGAAGACCUGGCUCGCUGCCCUGUGAACAUCUUCGACAUGACCAAAGUCUUGCCUCAUGCGCUCUAUCCUCUAAGACCAGUCGGCAAACUAGUCUUCAACCAGACACCAAAAAAUUACUUCGCAGAGAUUGAACAAGCUGCAUUUUCUCCUUCAACCAUGGUGCCCGGUAUCGAACCUUCUGCCGAUCCCAUGUUACAGGCUCGAAUGUUCUCAUACCCAGAUGCAGCACGUUACAGGUUGGGAGUCAAUUACCAGCAGCUUCCCACUAAUGCCGCUAAAGUGCCCAUCUACAUUCCCACCGAACGAGAUGGUCUGAUGACCUUUGGCGCCAAUUACGGCUCAGAUCCCAAUUAUGUCCAUUCCAGCAUCCUACCCACCACGUUCCACGACAAUGCCACAUCCGAGUACAAGCCGACGGAAGAAGUUCUUCAAGGCCCAGUCGUAUUCACCAGCCAAGUCACAGAAGAAGAUUUCAAGCAACCACGUGCUUUGUGGAACGACGUUCUCAGCAAAGAAGAGCAGGAUAGAUUUGUUAGCAAUAUUGCAGAGAACAUUGCAGGCGUUCAGAGAGACUGGCUGAGAGAGAAGGUGUUCGAACUAUUCAGCAAAGUUGAUACUAAACUUGGCGAGCGUAUCGAGGCUAGGGUAAAAAGCCUCCUGACAAAGGAUUCGGCUUAG